GACAGGCUUAUAACGCACGCAGGGGCUCAGAUCGCUGGGUUUCCCUCACGGUAAAUCGCUCACAAGGAGUGUGAAGGAAUGUCGCAUUUUUGCCUCCAGCUCGUGCAGGGUGCAAACCCGGCAAAUGGGGAUAGCCAUGUCUAUCUAUGUAUGUGGAGUGAAUACUGAGAGGGGGUGUGGUCUACUCUAGAUCAAUAACCGUCGGUCGGUAGUCUACUGGAAAAGGCAAAAACAGAGUAGUGGCAGCAGAGACGGAGAUCCCUGGUCCAUGCUGGAUUGAUUUUUGAUGCACUAUCUAUGCUUAGCUCAGACGCACUGUAGAGCUGCAGGAGGAUAUUGGCGACAUAUUUGUUGUGGAUCGGUACUCUGAAAGACUAAGUCCUGUAAUAACUGUUUGCGUUUGGUUUCAGACAAGACGUAGCUACAGUGGAUGUUCUCUUAUGAGUUGUGAAGGAAUAACAAUACUCCAUUUACCCGGAGACUAUUUGUUCUGGAGCUCAAUUAACAAGUGAUAUGUCUCUAAUGGACGUGGAGUUAGGGGCCACAUUAACGAAAUAUCCUCUAUAUACGAGGGAAAAGACAGCCGUAUUGCAUUUGUGAGGUUCUCCUAUUUUCAAGAUUGGGGCUACCUCCCAUAACUGGGCUUUGUGUGUGAGAGACUGACGAGAGCAGUCCAUUGAAUUGCGCUGCCUGCAUCUAAACACUGGCAGAGGUUCACGAGACAUGACCUGCCAAGAUCUGUAGGAGUGAUUCCAGAAGACUGUGUUGGAUCCUCCUCACUAUGAACACUGAGGAUCUGUAGGAGUGAUUCCAGAAGACUGUGUUGGAUCCUCCUCACUAUGAACACUGAGGAUCUGUAGGAGUGAUUCCAGAAGACUGUGUUGGAUCCUCCUCACUAUGAACACUGAGGAUCUGUAGGAGUGAUUCCAGAAGACUGUGUUGGAUCCUCCUCACUAUGAACACUGAGGAUCUGUAGGAGUGAUUCCAGAAGACUGUGUUGGAUCCUCCUCACUAUGAACACUGAGGAUCUGUAGGAGUGAUUCCAGAAGACUGUGUUGGAUCCUCCUCACUAUGAACACUGAGGAUCUGUAGGAGUGAUUCCAGAAGACUGUGUUGGAUCCUCCUCACUAUGAACACUGAGGAUCUGUAGGAGUGAUUCCAGAAGACUGUGUUGGAUCCUCCUCACUAUGAACACUGAGGAUCUGUAGGAGUGAUUCCAGAAGACUUUGUGGGAUUCUCCUAAUUAUAAACACAAUUAUGAACACUGAGGAGCUGAACUGCCACUAGCUCUGAUCAGACAGGAUGAAUGACAGACAGAGACAGAGAGGAGGGGUGCACACGGUGGAGGCAGAUGUCAUCUUCCACCACCCCAUCUGCUCGGACCUCCUCUCCUCCCCCUCGGAUGAGGAUGGGGGUGUCUGUUCCCUCCCAAGGAAGCAGGAGGCAAGCAGUAAUGUUCCAGACCUGGGAUUCGUAGUGGGCGACCAGGGACUCGGUCGACAGAGCACACCAGUUACAAAGGAGUACUUGUUGGAUGGUGGUACGGUGAUUGGGCAUCAUCACUUUGACCGUCCACAGGGUGAUGGAUCACACAUCUCAAAUACAGAUCAGUUUCACAUUACGGAUCCUUCUCAUCAAGCACAUACAUCUCACAUACCCAAGCUUGAUGCUGGUAGAAACCAGAACUGUACUCAUGGCAGAAACGGUAUCAGUGAGGAUAUGAAUGGAGCGAGGGAAAAAGUGCCCUGCAGUGUGGGUCCCUCUCUAUGCUUCAAGGGAGAGGCCAGAGAGGAAGCGGAAGGAUCUCUGUCCCUCUGUAGAGAGAGCAUAGUGAGGAGUCAGUGUCACAUCACAAACGUCACUGACUCCCGGGAGCAGGGGACCGCUGCGCCUGACACUCAUUGUAUCACCAUGGGCAACCAGCCAACCAUACAAGAGCUGGGGUGCUUGUUCAGCCACAGCUCUCCCACAGAAUAUGACACAUUGCAUGGACAGUCAGGGCUUGAGUCGAACCAAGGACACAGGGGCAGUAGUGGACAUGCUAGAGUCAGUAACACAACGCCUAAAGAGGAGCCAGAUUUAGUGAUUGAAGUCGGUGGCCAGAAAAUAAGUGUUCACAAGUCUGUUCUGGCAGGGAAGAGUGACUAUUUCAAGGCUCGUCAGUCAAGAGACAUCCUAAAAGUGAAAGGGCUGAACUACAAGACACUGACCAUCCUGAUAGACUAUAUCUACACCUCUCAGAUGAAUGUGCACAAGGACAAUGUGGUAGAGGUGAUCACAGGAGCUAAGAUCUUACAGAUCCCAUGUGCCGUCCAGGCUGCUAUGGAUACCAUCUCAGAGCAGGUCACAGCAGAGAACUGUUAUGAGAUUCUAACUAUCGCCAAGAAGCAACGACUCAACGAACUGAAAGAGACGGCCUAUCGCUUCAUGAGUGACAACUUCCUCCAGAUCUUGCAGGACCCAGCGGUGUAUGGGCGUCUGACGGGGUCGGAGAGGGAUCUGGUCCUGAAGAAGAGAAUGGAGGGGAAGAGGUCCCUGAUGGUCGCUGAGAUCAACGAUGUGUUUGACCGUGUCGGGAGCCGACCUCCGAGUCGGUGUAACAGUCGACCACAGAGCCCUCUGUCCGUGGCAUCCUUCGAGGAGAACCACAUGAUUUACUACUUCAACGAGGCAGCCAAUGACUGGAGACCUCUGACUCUGAUGCCGGAGGACAUUAACACUAAGGGCUGUGGGAUCUGCACCAUGUACAACUACCUGUUUGUGGCCGGUGGGAUAAAGGGAUAUGGGGAUAAGGGCAAGGUCUCAGACAGGGUGUUCUGUUACAACCCCAUCACUAACCGCUGGAGCGAGGUUCGGCCGCUCAACCAGGCGCGGUCGCAGCUCAAGCUAGUGUCUAUGGAGGGUAACUUGUACGCCAUAGGAGGGGAGUGUUUGUUCACAGUAGAAAAAUAUGACCCUCGGACUGAUAGAUGGACCACAGUGGCUCCCUUACCCAAAGGGGCGUUCGCUGUGGCCCAUGAAGCCACCACCUGUAAUGGAGAGCUCUAUGUCUCUGGAGGUUCUCUGUUCUACCGUCUCCUAAAAUAUGACCCCAAGAGGGACGAGUGGCAGGAGUGCCCCUACAACAACAGCAGGAAAAAGUCAACCGACAUGGUGGCUCUGAAAAGCUUCAUCUACAGGUUUGACGUCAACCGUGACCAGGGGGUCACUGUGUUCAAGUACGACACCAUAGUGAAAAUGUGGCAUGACUGCGCAUCGCAGCGGCAGGGCAGCCCUAUGCCGUUCAGGUGUGCCGUCAUCGGAAACUGCAUCUAUUGUGUGAACAAGACUCAGACUCUGCAGUUUGUGGUGGAGGAGGACGGCUCUUACUUUGUAGAUGAACCACUCAAGCCACCACUGGAAGCUAAGGGCCUACUGUUCCCUUUCAUCCUCAGUCUGCCUGAGAAGACUGACAGAUUGAUGUGAUGUGACC